ACUCUGAAAUUUGGAAGUCUGUAAAUCGAAAAUGUGUUAUGUGGGCAAAGCAACUAAGAUCUUCAUCUUCAUUGUCACCGUUUUGGUGGUUCUUGGUCUAGUUCUUGGCUUCGGAUUUAUGCGCCACGGCCUCCAAAAAUCCCACAAGUGCUCCGGCAACUCCUGUUUUUCCCCUCCGGCCGUCUUUUCCAACCCCAAUUCGGCUACUCCCGGUGGCGCCGCCCCCAUCUCCGCAUCCAAUCAGCCGCAGAACCCACCAAGCCCACCGUAUUCCAAUCCAAACCCACCACCCCAAAAUUCGAUUCCAGCUUUUCCGCCUCCUUCUGACACUACGCUGGCUUCCCCGCCUCCGCCUGACGUAAUUGCGACUUCCCCACCUCCGCCUGACGCUAUUCCGAUUUCCCCACCUCCACCUAAUACCAUCCCAAAUCCCUUACCGCCACCACCACCGACGGCAGCAUCUCAAUCUCCGCCUGCCCCAGAAACUGAAGCAGCGCCGCCGUUAACUCCGCCCAGUACGACGAUGUUGGAAAGCUGAUUUGUGGGGGAGUGAAGUUAGGGAUGCUUUCUCUGAAAUGUCUGAACUGAACCAUUUUCAGACAAAUGUGGUCUCUCCGAGGUAAACGAAGCUUUCUUUUUAGCUUCUAUACACAGACAAAGUACAGAUUUUAGCGGAGUCCCAUGUUCAAAUUUGCAGAUGUUUCGCAGUAACAACCUAGCUUGUCUUCAAGACGCACAGAUUUCUCAAAGAUAAUGGCUUUGUCUUUGUGAGCACUGGCUCGAAUUGAAACCUAUGGAUAAAAGCCACUGAUGUUCCAUCAAACGGCUGAGGUCUCCUUGCCUUUGUAAUUAAUUUCUACGGCCUUAAAAUUGAGUCCAAGCUGCAAAAGUUUGUCUUUAACCACGUGAUAAUAGGGUGGCUACAAAGAAGUUUUGAAGGUUUAUUGACCCUGGCAAAUAGGGUAUAUACCCUACAAACUAAAGGACAAGAGUUAAAUUUGGAGGGGACGUGGCUUUGGUACUCUGCCAACUGUAACCAUUAAAUUAAGGUUUAGAAUUUAUAAACUGCUGCGGUGUUAUAAUUCAUGUCAUGCACGAGGAUCAGUGACCGGUCACCGGAAUCUUGCCGGCUUCUGCGGCGGACGGCGGCAAGUCUCUUGAUUAGUUCCGACAGUUGAAUGAGAGGACAGUCAUGUGGGAAUUGAAGAGGAGAUUUAAAGAGAUAUUGGGCCCUUUGUGAUCUUAGCCUUAAUCCCCAUUGUUUAUAGGCUGAAGCGCACCAAGAUUGGAGAAGUUGUGAAUGUCUAUUUUUCUUUUUCUUGGGUAGAAAAUGUGAUUGAUAUUAAGGAGGUGUUUGUUUAGGGUGAGAGUGAGAGUGAGAGUGAGAGGGAAUGAGUUAGACAUCCUAAGCUCAACUCUUAUUUGGAGUAAGGAUCUAGGAAGUUUGGUUUCUUGCAGCUUUUUUUCGUGGGUUUUAUUUCGUGGGUUUUAAUAAUAAACACUAUUCAAAUCUAUGGGUUUCUUUUUUUUCUUUUUUCUUUUCUUAAUUUAAUCUAAGAAGUUUGUCUGCCAACUUCUGGACACCAAUUCGAUGACUGUCGUUAGCCAACCCCGACCACAACUUUCAAUGAUCGCUGGCGCCCAACCUUCGACCACCAACGGUCACUACCGCCUCUGGCUGCCACUUCCAACAACGCAAACAUUUUUUUC